GGCUCUGGCGAGAGCCGCGGGUGGGUUCUAGCCCCAUGAACCCGGCUCGCGCCACCCCAGCACCAUGGAGAGGAGACUGAACGUGACCCCGGAGGCGCUCAACAAGCUCCUGCGAGAGCACAACAUGACCAGGCAAGAGUUCAUCGCCGCCUACGGCCUCAAGCCCCUGGUGUACAUCCCAGAGCUGCCUCCCCGCGCCAAGGUCAUCUUCCUAGUGCUCUACAUCUUCAUCUUCGCGCUGGCUCUUCUGGGCAACAGCCUGGUGGUCUACAUCAUCAUCCGGCGGAAACCCAUGAGAACAGCCACCAAUAUCUUCAUCUGCUCCCUGGCUUGCAGUGACCUGCUGGUAACUUUCUUCUGCAUCCCUUUCACGCUUCUGCAGAACGUCUCCUCCGAGUGGCUAGGGGGCCCCUUUGUGUGCAAGAUGGUCCCCUUCAUUCAGACCACUGCAGUUGUGGCCAGCACUCUUACCAUGACAUGUAUUGCCGUAGAGAGGCACCAAGGAAUAGUUCACCCACUGAAGAUGAAGAGACAGUACACAAACAAGAGAGCCUACAAAAUGCUAGGGUUCGUAUGGAGCAUUGCAGUCAUUGUGGGGUCGCCCAUGCUGUAUGUUCAGACUCUGGAGGUGAAAUAUGAUUUUCUCUAUAAUAUUAAUCACGUCUGCUGCUUGGAGUCCUGGCAUAGCAUUGAGCUGCGCCGAGCAUAUGCAAUCUUUAUCCUGGUGGCCCUGUUUCUGGUCCCACUCACCGCCAUGCUGGUGCUCUACUCCAGGAUAGGAUACGAGCUGUGGAUCAAGAAACGGAUCGGAGACUCUUCAGUGCUGAACACCCUGAGUCGUCACGAAAUGGCUAAAAUAACAAGGAAGAAGAAACGAGCUGUGAUGAUGAUGGUUAUUGUAGUGCUGUUCUUCGCUGCAUGCUGGGCACCUUUUCAUGUUGUCCACAUGUUGUUUGAAUACAAUAACCUGGAAGAAAGCCACGACGACGUCACCGUAAAGAUCAUCUUUGCCAUCGUCCAGGCCGUUGGGUUCUUCAACUCUUUCAACAACCCUGUGGUCUACACCUUCAUGAACGAGAACUUCAAGAAGAGCUUCGUGGCUAUUCUCUUCUGCCGCCUCCGGAGCCCUGAGCCAGCUGACAAGCUGGAGAGCCAGCAGCUGGAAAGGGCCAGAAUGGGACCCUCAAACUUUGGGGUCAGGAAGGAGGGCAGAAGCUUGCACAGCCACCUGAGUGCGGAGAACCUGGAGCUGAGACUCUGUGAGCAGGUGCCCUCUGCGAAGCUGGAGUCCGUGCAGUCAGUGGCGGUCGUUCCCUAUCCCAUGGUGAGCACCCAGAAGGAAAGGCUGCCCAAUGGGCAGUCAGCAUGAUCGCUACUGACAUCAAGCAUGCAUGGACCAAAAUAACUUUGCUUUAGGGAAUGAGAACAUGCCCCACUGUUCGUUAUUUCCAGUGUUCUGUUUAGUCCUUGGUUUCUAUAUUGCAUUUCCGGAUGUCCAACUCUCUGUUUCAGAUGUAACCCGUGGGAUAUGGGACAUGGAUACAAGGCUGCCAGUUUCCCCAAUGCACAGGGAGGGAAGGAGGGAGGUGGAAUGUUCCUUCUUUAGUUAUUGUUAUUUCGCUCAUCUCCUCUCUUGAGCUGAUGGUUCUGUCUAGUCCCAAAGAAAUAAAAUUUACAGGCUGGACCCAGAAGGCUUUGAGCUCCUGAUUAGUAGGCACUGAAGGUGCUUUGCACCUGGCUGGAUCAGGUCCUCCAGUAAAUUAGAAGUUGGAAAUGCAUGAACCUUGGAAAUCUUGAUUUGGGAAUUAUCUGCCCUGGACUGAUUCACAGGGUGAGGGUGAGACAGCCUGCUCUGUGCACAGGCCCUUUCUCAUGGACCUUGCUCUAAAGUCCACGUGGCUAACAGUUGUCCCACCUGAUCAAACAAUGCUGCAUCCCAUCGAGUUGUUGCCAUUCUCACACAGAUCUGACUCCAGCGUGUGCAGCUGUGCAGGAAACGGUUUCUCCAGCCAAGGAGUGGUUCUGAGAUUUCAAAAUUUGCUUCCAUCAAAAUGAGGACAAAAAGUCAAAAUCUCCAAAAUGUUCACCGAUCAAAAAUGUUUAAAAAAAUCAGAUUGGGACUGUUGAAAUAUUCUGUCUUGAUCAUUUCUUUUCUAACAGUACUUAACAAUGUAGUUAAUACAUUUAACUAAAAUUACACACACGCACAAAUCCUUUUCGAACCAGAGCAUGAAAACUUCCCUGGACAAAACAGGAUUCUCUCAUCUUUUUGGGAAAACAAUUCACCAAUGUUUUGAAAUGGGAGAGUCUUCCCAAGCAACCCUUUUCCAGGCACUGCUUCAGUUCUGAUGACUCAGAAAAGUUUCAAACAAUAAAGGUGGCUUUUGCUGAAAAUUCCCAACCAGCUCUACAGACUAACUGUAAUAAAACUGACUUGAGCCAUUGACUUCAAAGAAGUCACUCCUCGUUGGUGCCGGGAUGAAAGUACACCAAGGGCCCACAGUUUUGAGUCUCCGUGAGUUUGUUCUGAAACAACAAGGACUCACCAGCUUGCUGGAACAUCUCACUGAUGAGCGAACACAGACAUUCUUCAUGUGCCGGGAGGAAAAGGCUGUUUUAUACGGGAAGCUACUGAUCAAGUGCGUAUUGCUGUCACCCUUGGCUGCACACUCUCAAGUCAAUGAUGUACCUGUCUAGCAAUGCCCCAUCAUAAUUAGUCCAUUGGUUUGUGGUGGCUUUGAAGUGUGUUGAGAUAUUUUCCUUAUUGUGAAAAUUCAUUAGCAUCCAUGCCUCUUGCUGCUGUGAAGCCUUUUCUUUCUAAGGAGAAGGUAAACUUGCUUUUGAAAUGUGACAUGGAACUGGCCUCUGACAUACAUUUCUACACACCGUUGAGACUUUCAUUUUUGGUUAGGUCAAUCGCUUU